AUGGCCGCUGUAAAUGUUUAUCACACAAGUGUCACAACAGACAAUCUUAGUCGAAAUGAUAUUUUACAAUGGAUAAACACAGCAUUAGAAGCAAACUUUACCAAAGUUGAAGAUCUCUGUUCCGGUUCGGCUUAUUGCCAAUUCAUGGAAAUGAUGUUUCCAGGUAGACGACUUCGUAGCAUCUUCAGAGCUAUAGGUUCACGAUCAAAACGGGUGAAAUGGUGCACUAAACUCGAGCAUGAAUAUAUCAAUAAUUUCAAAGUUCUUCAAGAAUAUUUCAAAGCAUUAGCUGUAGAUAAGAUCGUGCCUGUUGAGAAAUUAGUCAAAGGAAAAUUUCAGGAUAAUUUUGAAUUUGUUCAAUGGUUCAAGAAAUUUUUCGAUGCCAACUACACAGCCGCACAUGAUUAUGAUCCUGUUGCUGCUCGUGAUGGGCAACCUUUAGGCAGCGGAGGUGGUAAAGGAACAACUGCCAGUUCCGGCAUUCGUGCACCACCUGCCUCUCGACCGGCACCAGUGGUACGAGCUGCACCGGCGCCAACAAGAGCGCCCAUAGCUGCUACCAAACCCAUGCAACAACAUCAACCAAAAAUUUCGCCAUCAGUUAAUCGUCCUGGUGGCGGUAGUAGUGGCCACCAUAUUGAUUCUCAUCAUGGAUCGCAUAGUCAUGACAAUCUUCGUCUACAACAAGAAAUUGAUAAUUUACAAGAAAUUAUUCAACAACAUGCAGCACAAAUAGCUGGCUUGGAAAAAGAACGGGAUUUUUAUUAUCAAAAAUUACGUGAUGUGGAAGUUAUUUGUCAAGAGCCUGAAUGCGAUUCACUGCCACAAACGCAAAGAAUUCUAGAAAUACUCUAUGCGACAGAAGAGGGUUUUGCCCAACCUGAUCAAGAGAACGGUAAUGGUGAAGCCGAAGAUGUUAAUGGUAUCACUGUCGGCAGUAAUGGUAAUGGUUCGGCUCUUGUCGGGGGCGAAGAAGAUACUUACUAA